AUGAACCAGCCGUUUCUGUUUGUGGGCAGUCGAUGCGAAUUGCUGGCCAAGAAGCGAAGCCCUGCCUCUCUGUAUCCAAACACCAUUCCUGACAUCCCGCCCACCAGGGCUGCCGAGGAAACAAGCAAUGGCACGCGAAUGCCAGGCGGCAGACCCAGCCGCUCGUCUCUGGACGAGUCAAUGACCUCUGCCACCGCGUUGUCCCCUCUGAGCAUGAGCCGCAAUACCGCCACGUCUGCUACCCCUUUGGUUUUGCCGGCUGUUCAGGACGGCUACACGGCCGCAUUGGUCACUUCUGUCGGGCUGGUUUGUCUAAACUCUAUCCAGUACGGAUUCCACAUGUCAGAGCUCAAUGCCCCUGAGGAGCUCAUCAAACACGCCCUGGGACUUGACAGCUCGCAAGUGGGGCUGCUCACUUCGAUCUUCUCGAUUGGCGGACUGAUAGCGUCUACGUUUGCGGGCCAGAUCAGCUCUCGUCUUGGUUUGAGGUCCAGCUUUCUCGUCACAGCUGUCUACUUUACCAUAGGCUCGUACCUGGAGUAUAGCGCGCAGACGUACGUGUGGAUGCUGUUUGGGCGGUUUGUGAGCGGCCUGGGGGCAGGAUGUGCUUUGGUGUUUGUUCCGCUGUACAUCAACGAGAUUGCCCCGGUUUCUCUGCGGGGCGUGCUGGGAUCAAUGAACCAGGUCAGCAUUAACGUGGGUAUUUUGCUCACGCAGGUUCUGGCCAUCCGGUGGGCUACGGAGCUGCACUGGAGACUGAUUUUGGGGUCUGGAGCCGUUCUGGCAGCGCUCACGCUGCUUCUCUCGCUGCUGCUUCUGGAAGAGUCUCCCAAAUGGCUGAUUCUCAACCAGGGCAAUGAAAUCAGGGGUUUGCGCAUUCUGAACAGGCUCAGAGGCAACAAUGCCUUGCAGUGCGCACAGGAGGUCCAGACCUGGAAGGAAGAGAAGAGAAAGCACGCGCAGCUCAUAGAGUCUAACCCGUCGCUCAAGAAGCUCUCGUUCUACACCUAUUUGACAAAUGCCAACUACAGAAACUCACGCUUAGUCUCGACCGUGCUGAUGGUGGGACAACAGCUCGCGGGAAUCAACUCAAUUGUUUUCUACGGAGUCAAGAUCCUCACAGGGCUGUUCCCAGCACACGCUGUUGCCAUCAACUGUCUUAUCAGUCUCGGAAACAUGCUGAUCACUUUCGCCGCUUCGCUGUUUCUGGACAGGGUUGGCCGCAAACCAAUGCUGCUCACCUCAGUGGCAAUCAUGGGCGCCGCCUCCGCGUCACUCAGUCUCGGCAUUAUCUCUGGCAACUCUGCGCUCACGUUGCUAGGAGUCUUCGUUUACGUCGGCUCUUUUGCGAUUGGGUGCGGGCCCAUCCCAUUUCUGAUCAUUAGCGAGUUUUCACAGGUGGAAAUCAAAGACCUGGCCCAAAGCUGGGGAACAGACUGCAAUUGGAUCAGCUGCUUCGCGGUUGGCUUUUUGUUUCCUAUUCUCAACUCUUCCAUAGGAGGAUACACAUUCCUGCUGUUUGCGGCUGUGUGUGCAGCCUUCUACGCGUUUAUAUACAAGGCAGUGCCCGAAACCAAGGGCAAGAGCACCUACGCCGAGGUCUGGGAUAUCCGGGGAGAUAGAUAG